AUGGCGGAUCAGUCGGAAGGCGAGGAAGACGAAGUUGUUGUCGUAGAAUUUAAAGUUUCAAUGUACUGCAAUUCAUGUGAAAGAACCGUGGCAAAAGCAAUCUCCAAAAUCAAAGGGGUGGAGAAGUUUUCGACGGACAUGGUGAGGCACAGAGUUGUGGUGACGGGGACGAUGAAUCCAGAGAAGGUGGUGAGGAAACUGAAGAAGAAGACAGGGAAGAGAGUGGAAGUUGUGAUCGACAAAGAUGAUGAUUCAAAUGAUUCGACCACCGGAGAAGAACAUGAUUCGGCAUUGCCAAACAGUGCCAUGGCCAGGUCACUGCUACUAGGCCAUGGAGGCUGUGCCCUUGACACGAUGCUCAGUGAUGAGAAUGCCAAUGCAUGUUCAUUCUUCCAAUUUCUCAAACUCAAGCUAAUGAGAUCCGAAAAGGCAGAAUUUACAGUGACUGGAAUUAGCAUGGAAUCUUUCCGUUGGGCUGUCGAACAGCGCCGGCUCAAGGGUUGGUGA